AUGAUUUCGCAAAGGCAACAUAGCUUAGAACCAGCACAUGACUCCUCGGUUCACUAUGUGCCAGAUGAGAGUCUGCCAUUGGACACAGAGUCUGCUGAACGAGCGCAGCUUCUGCCGAGGUCAGAUCGAGAACCGUGCAGCCAGGACGAAUCUGACGAUGAAGACUAUUACUCUACACGGAACGGAUUCGCGGUCACGAUUGCCAUCAGUGUGUUGCUUAUGAUGGCCGACAUCUGCAAUGAUAUAGUCAUGGUUCCACGGAUGGCGAUUUUUGAGGAUAUAAUUUGCCGCGACUAUUACGCAGGCAUCGCGGCUGGGGCUGACUGCAAGAUUGAACCAGUUCAGAGUGAAUUGGCCUGCAUCAAUGGCUGGAAGAGAGCUUUCACUAUGAUCCCGGGUUUGGCACUCUCAAUUCCAUACGGCGCUUUAGGGGACCGCAUCGGACGCAGCAAAGUGCUAUGUCUGGCGCUAUGUGGAGUUCUGCUAAACGAAACUUGGACCGCAAUAGUUUGUGCAAUGCCUGAAGUCUUCCCUCUCAAGGCAAUAUGGUUCUCUGGGGUAUUUACAAUCCUCGGUGGGGGUCCGUCGACAGUCGUCUCCAUGUGCUACGCAAUCAUUGGUGAUGCGUGCCGUCCAAGCCAGCGGUAG